UGUGUCCUUUAUUCUAAUUUUCUCAUAGAUUCGCAGGUAGCACACGGCAUACAUUUCAAGAAAUUCGGAACAAGUGCAACCACGGAAUAAAAUUAAGAAUACCUUUCUUCGAAUAAUCAUAUAAACUAAAAUUUAAUUAUCAGAGUAUUAGAUUUUCCCAAUUUUCAAAUCAUAUCAAAGCGAGCCCGUGUUAUAAGGGGGAUAUCUAAAACUAGAAUAUAGAUUUUCGUUUGUUUAUAUUCCGACGCUUUAUCGCAAAGUUUAUUAUUCUACUCUAGCGUGCAGAAGACUGCACGUGGCGUGGAGGUUUCUUUUUCCUUCGCAGGCUGCCUGCGAGUGUAAGAAACACACAAAUGUUUCGAUCGUGUUUAAAUCAUGACGCAUAAGUGUUACAAAAGGUACAGGCAAAUAAUAAAUAAUAGUUUUAAGGUAACGAAAAAUACCAACGUGAUUCUAUUGCGUUACGAAUCCCUACUUCGCGGCUCGAGAUCGGGCCCAUCACUAGCGAAGCCGAAAACCGGUGCGCAAGCACGCGCAUGCUGGACGGUCCCCUACCACUCCCCCCAGGUCCCCUUGCGCAGGUCCACAGUCCCCACCAUUUCCCACUCCUCGCGACACGUUCACUCGAACAAGCCUCUGUACUCUUCCCCGCAGCCACCAAGCCCGUUUCUCAUCCGAUUUGCGUCGACCUGCUGCCUGCCGCGGCCAAGCCACGCUUGGAGCUAUGCGCCGAUCUUCGGGGAAAGAGAAUUUCUCGACUUUCCGACGCGUGUAACCUUGCACUUUUAUCAAUUUUUGUCGUGCGUUUCGUCUCGGUUUGAAGUGCGUGGAUCGUGGACGAAGUGACCGAGCGUACAGUGCCAAAGUUUCUCAUCGUGGAUCUCAAAAGUUCGUGGAUGGUGUUAAAACGUCGUCGCCCGUGCCGUUUGGAAUUUCGAUACCGUGGACCGUGGAUUUUCUAUUCCAAACGCUGUAGGAUUUAUUUGCUCUCCUAUUCACGAUCACCAUUAUAUGCUAGGAGAGAAUGACUACUGGUAAAACACUGCUCAACAAACGCGUGAACAAGCUAGGUAAACGCAAUAGCUUCUUUAAACAACAUUGAAGCUUGAAAAAUUAUAAAAGGACGCAAGUAUAAGUUCAUACGAUUGUAACAUGCAAAUAACGAGAAAUUAACAGGCCGUUUAUUGUAAAGUUACGUAAAAUCCUUGCUCAACGAUUGUGCAAUUUUUUUUUUUUAACGAAAAUUAAUAAUACGUAAUAAGAAUGGAAAACUGUUACGCGGCGGAAUUAAAUAGAACAUUUCGAACGUACAGAAACGAUCGUUAAGAAUAGAAAAGAACUUUCGCGGCGUGUAAAAGGCGAAUGAGAGAAAGAGACUGAAAUUAGUAUCGAUCGCGAUCGAACGAAAUAUUCAAGAUCAACAUAGAAAAACGCCGAGCGUAAAACAUGGAAUUAGAACGACGAGGAAAGUGAAGGUCUGAUCACUCGAAAGGAAAAUGGAAUUCCAUAACUGUGCGUUGCUUUGAAUUCUCCACGGUGUUGCGCGCAUCGCGUUAAAUUGCAACGCGAUUGGGAAAACUCUCUCAUUGGAAAACGAGGUCAUGCAAUUUUACAGAAUAGAUUAUCCCGGAACGGCGCGUGGAUAGAAGUAUAACAGAAUAAAAGAAAGAGAGAGAGAAAGAAAAAAACGUUGGAUGCGUCCGGAAUGCACGUGGGUUUGAUCGCUCCUACGUCGUUGUUUGCGACGCCUAUGCGCCGGAAAACACUGCCAACGUUCAUCCGUUUCGUUUUUCUAGCAGCCAUAGUAAUACAUCAAUUGUAUACACUGUAAAAUAUUUUCAAAAUGAUCAGUUAAAAGUAGACGUAACAGCGUAUUUAAGCAGGAAAAGUUCCAAAACAAUUUUAAGGAAGGUAUCGAAAUAAAAUAGAAUUCAUUCGACGAGAAAAUGUUGAAGAAAGAAGAUGAGAAUUUCUAUUGCGGGACAACUCAUGGAGAUUUUACAGAAAAGAAUUUUUUCUAAGAAAGGAAAAAGAAGAAAAGUAUCAGACACGUGAAGAGUAUCCGUAAGUUUAAAAAAAUUAUUGGACUGAAAAAGGAGAAUUUCAAAAAAGAAUGUUUUGAACAAGAAGAUCAUCGAGAGAACGAUUUUGGAAAAUUUUUAAACGAUUCUGAUUUUCGUACGCGUGCAAUAUUAAAUACUGAAUAACGCAAAUUAAAUGAAAGAAAAUUCUUGGAAAUUUUGCAAUAUUAACAACGUUCGUCUUAAUGAAACAAGAGGAAAAGGCGUGGAAAUAACAAAAAUGUCGCUGCAAACACGUUGAAAGGGGGAAAACGUCGAAUUUUCAAGACGAGGUUUUCCAACACGCGAGAAUGGAUAGAAACGACAACAAUGUGGGUGUCGGAAAUUCGGGAAAUCCACCGAAUUCAUCUUCAACGACACACAGCAGUAAUCUUCACAACACUUCCGGUGGAACCGAUGCACAGAACGGAGACAGGGGAUGGGAGGUCCAUCAUGUCACGGUUACCAGGGUUCCCGGUUACGGAUUCGGGAUCGCUGUUUCCGGUGGCAGAGAUAAUCCCCAUUUCACGAACGGUGAUCCCGCUAUUGCCAUUUCCGAUGUCUUGAAGGCUGGACCUGCCGAAGGAAAAUUACAAGUGAACGAUCGGAUAAUAUCAGCGAAUGGAAUAUCGUUAGAGGGUGCCGAUUAUGGGGCUGCAAUUCGCGUCCUCAGAGACUCUGGAUCAACGGUUCUGUUGGUUGUCAAACGCAGAGCCGCGUCAAAUUCAUCCGGUAUUCUAGGAAACCCUACUUUCCAGAGCCAUCGACUCACUCUCACGAGAAACAAUAAAAAAGAUGAUUUCGGAAUUGUCCUCGGUUUCCGCCUCUACGUGAAAGAAGUAACUCGUGAGAACACGGGCGUGAAACCAGGGGAUGUUUUAACACGAAUUGGCAGCGUGGCUACGGACAAUAUGAGUCUAAAGGAAGCCAAGAAAUUGAUGGACCAAUGCAAGGAUAGAUUGUCUAUCGUGGUGACUCGAGACAAUUCGUGUUGCCACGUUCAACAGCAAGUGAAGAGCGAAACUGGGGAGUACCUCUCCGGAACAACGAGUUACAGUAGCCAGAACUUGUACGUUCCACCUCCGACGAGACAGCCGAUAGAGGACAAAAGUAAUCUUGUUCCCAGAGGCCGUACUAGAGGUCCUUUGAUGGACGUUUCUCUUAGUCAGUUGGAUCUCCCUGCAACGCCUACGGUUGAUCCUCCCAGGCCACCGCCUCCUAGACCAGAAGAUUAUUAUAGCACAAGAAGGCAACUGUAUGACGAGGAUUUAUCUCGGAAUAAACUUCCAAUGCCAGAUCCUCGAUUUAUAACUUUCCAAAAAGAGGGGUCAGUAGGUGUUCGCUUAAGCGGUGGAAACGAAACUGGUGUGUUUGUAACUGCUGUUCAAGCAGGGAGUCCAGCAUCUCUUCAGGGCUUGCAACCUGGAGAUAAAAUACUCAAGAUAAAUGAUAUGGAUAUGAAGGGAGUAACAAGAGAAGAAGCCGUUCUCUUCUUGCUUAGUUUACAAGAACAGAUCGAUUUGAUUGUUCAACAUCGUCGUCAAGAAUACGACCAAGUGGUAGCUUCCGGAAAGGGUGAUUCUUUUCACAUAAAGACUCACUUCCACUACGAACAACCACAAAAGAGUGAAAUGAGCUUCCGUAGCGGGGACGUAUUUCACGUGGUGGACACACUACACAAUGGUGUUGUUGGUUCUUGGCAAGUUUUCCGUAUUGGUAGGAACAAUCAAGAAGUACAGAAGGGAAUUAUUCCGAAUAAAGCUCGAGCCGAGGAACUAGCUACUGCUCAAUUCAACGCGACGAAGAAGGAACAGAGUGCUAAUGAAAGCAGAGGUAGCUUUUUUAGGAGAAGAAGAAGCAGCCAUAGACGUUCGAAAUCUCUUGGAAGAGAUCACUGGGACGACGUAGUAUUUUCUGAUAGUGUUAGCAAAUUUCCUGCUUACGAAAGAGUUAUUUUAAGGCAUCCAGGUUUCGUUAGACCAGUUGUACUUUUUGGACCAGUUGCGGACCUAGCCAGGGAGAAGCUUUUAAAGGAUUUCCCCGAUAAGUUCACAUCUCCGCAAAUGGAAAACCAACUAGACGAUAGCGUUGGAAAGAAUACAAAAUCGUCAGGUAUUAUCCGACUGAGUGCCAUUAGAGAAGUAAUGGAUCGGGGAAAGCACGCAUUACUGGAUAUCACUCCAAACGCUGUAGACCGAUUGAACUAUGCCCAGUUUUACCCUAUAGUUAUUUUUCUGAAAGCCGAAACGAAGCAAAUUAUCAAGGAAAUGCGAGCUGGAAUUCCCAAAUCGGCGCAUAAGAGCAGUAAAAAACUUUUGGAACAGUGUCAGAAACUAGAUAAAAUUUGGGGCCAUAUUUUUAGCGCGGUGAUUACGUUGACGACACCGGAAGCCUGGUACCGAAAAUUAAGAGAACUGAUCGAUCGACAGCAACAGGGAUUACUGUGGAUGAGCCAAACCAAGCCGGAAGAAGCACUCUCGGAUGACUUCCUAUUCCCGAUGACUUCUCGCCUCUCCUAUGCCUCCUCCCCGGAGAGUGACUUGGAACUCAGCCCGGCGCCAGCUUUACCAGGUGCUCUGGGUGCACCGUCUAGAUUGAAAAGUAGCUCCGAUCCAAGUAUCGCAACGCAAGACGACAUUGCUGCACCACCACCAUAUUCGACCACUUAUCAGCAAUCCUUCGAGCAACCAAAAAGGAGAUCGCAAGGAGGAAUGGGAGAUGGAAAGUACGGAUUCUCGUUGUCGGGACAAGUUAGUAAUCAGUCUGGCUCUCCAGAGUAUCUCGGUGGCUCGUUCGAGCCGAGAUCGUCUCAUCAUAGUCCUCCCGAUUUACCGCCGCGAGUGGAUCGUAAUGCAAAACCAAACAACCAGUCAGAACGGAACACGAUCGGAAGAUCUGCUCAAGAACGAUUACUAAACAAAACGGAUUCAGUAUUGGAUGUUGCUAAUUAUAUAAAUGCCACGCCUCAUAAAGCCAAUGCCACAUCGUCCCUUGAAAGAGCUCAACUAAAAGCGGGGAGCUACGACAGUAUGUCCUCUUACGAUUCCUAUAAUAAUACAAAUGGAAAUACUAAUUAUGGAGGACCAGGACUAAGUACGUCGACCGGUCGAUUGGGCCCUAAUGUUCCCGAUGACUUAAAAAGCAGCAGUGGACCAACACGAUCACACGAUCCAUAUAGAUUUACCAGAUCAACAGCACAACCGAUACCGAGUCACGAUCCACAAACACGAACCGAUUACGCCAAAUAUAGCCGCACAACUGAUUACAAGUCGAUAACACUUCCUCAAAACAAACCUGGAGGAUCGUAUAAACCAAUACCACCUCCAAAACCAAAAAACUACAGACCACCGCAAACGAAUUUGACGCAACAAGAAAAUAAUGGAAACGAUGGAAGCAAUACCCAUCAACAUUCAAAGAGUUACUCCAUUGCUACUUCUCAUGUAGAAGGUAAUAACAACGUACAGCGUAAUAGUGGCCAGUACUACUACAAUAUUCCACCUCCAAAUCGUCACGAUUCGAAUCUUGGGAAUUCUCAUCAUAACUUGAGCCACCUUUCUACGCCUGCACACAAUCACAGUUUGAGUCACACGCAUGCGCAUUGUAGCCCACCAAUAUCAGCGGCACAUAGUCACAGCAAUAGUGCCAGUCAGUUGAGCCUCGGUCUCUCGCACAACAGGAAUAACGUAAGUCAUAAUGGAUAUGUUGUAAACAAUGGUCAUAACGCUUCUGCACAAAGUUUCCCAACGAGUCCAGGGCACAACAGAGAACCGAGUGGACUGGACCUCGCUGGAAGUAGAGAACAAAGAGGAAGUGCCUUCGAACUUUAUCGCAAACCUGUGCACCACUAUAACGCGAGUUAACGGGCACAAAGAUUUGUAGUUUAUUGCCGGGGGAAAAGAUAAACGGAGAAAUGAAUUGUAUUAACUCGAGACGAACAUUUCGAAGGUAUAGAGAUUCGAGUGCCUUAAUAAAAUUUAAAAACGAUAAAUAAUAGAAAUUCUGAAAAGGAAAUUUUGUUUAAGCAGGGUUCAAUAAAGCAAUAGAAAAUUGAAUCCUUUCAGUACUUUUUUCACUGACUUUGUA